AUGGAACUCUUCCUUUGGGUUAUCGGCAAUAAUGGUGUAUCCUCUUGCGACAUCCGGUCUCUCCGCCUUAAUUGCAAGGAGGUGGACCUGAAAUGCCGCAACAGGUUCUACGACGCCAUCGACAAGUCUACUGUAUUCUUGCAGCUAGAUGCUGGGUUUCCUGCUCGCGCACUGGCGUUGGCAAAGUACCAGGAGUGGAGUGACAACAUCACGUCCGUCCACCUCGAGGUCCCACGAAACAAGUUCUUCAACGCAUCAGAACAAGCGCAUUGGAAUGGAAGAUGGGUUAUGGACACCACAAAGGACAAUUUCGCCGAUAUGUGA